CUUGCGCGUUGAAAAAAUCUAAAAAGUUGGCUUGGUGAAACGCGAAAUACAAUCUCUAGGCCUAAAAUUCCAGAUUUGUAGACAUAUUACCCCGCCUGUCAACGCAGGAAAGAGUGGAAUCCAUAAAAAAAAAAAAAAAAUUACCAAAAUAUUUAUUUGCUGUUGUCACUUUUUCUAAAUUAUAUAUUAUAUUUUAGUAUGGUUUCAUUGGAAGAAUCCCCCACACUAUUAGUUCCAUCAGAAUCGGCCCAGCUCAUAAGACAAGAGCUUGAGAAACUUCAACUGUGGGAUAGUUCACAUAAACUUCAGCAAGUUGAAAAUAACCUUGUUGCCAUUCCUGUCAAUGUUGAAGGCAGUAAGCUGGACAUGUUAAAAUUGCACUGGCCAGAUCUUAAACUUGCUUACAUUCCUCUACCUGUUUCUAAAAAAGUUAUGGUAAAACAAAACACUCCUGCAGCACAUUUGAUGAAAAAAAUUAGUGAAUUGAUGGAGAAAUAUAGAAUGUCAGAAAAAUUAAAAGAUGAAGUCCCACACAAAUGGGAGCGACAUGGCAAUCUUGUUAUUCUCCCAUCCACAGCUUUCAUUUCUAAUGAGUGGAAGGUCUUAGGUGAGCUGUUAUGGGAAGUAGUUGCAAAAUGUUUAAAGUGCAGACGUCUGGCUCGCCAGUCUCCAGUGGCUGACAAUGGGUUUCGCAGUUCGCAAGUGGUGAUGUUGCUUGGUGAGGAUGGUGUUGUUACUCACGUGGACAAUGGUAUUAGUUAUGUUUAUGAUGUGACCAAGUGCAUGUUUAGUGCUGGUAAUAUUACAGAGAAGUUAAGAAUUGCUAAGUUGGACUGUGUAGGGGAGACUAUAGUUGACUUGUAUGCAGGCAUUGGUUAUUUUACACUACCAUAUCUGAUUCAUGCUAAAGCAGACCAUGUUUUUGCUUGUGAGUGGAACCCUGAUGCUGUAUCUGCGCUGAGAAAUAAUCUCAAAGUAAAUGGAGUAUUUGAAAAAUGCACAGUAAUUGAAGGGGACAAUAGAAAACUGCAGUUGCGAGACCUUGCAGAUCGUGUGAACCUGGGUCUUAUCCCUAGUUCAGAAGAAUCAUGGCCGAUGGCUGUUCAAGUUCUGAAACCCACUGGUGGUGUCUUGCACAUACAUGGAAAUGUAACAACCAGGAAAGUUUGUCUAAAAGGGGAUGGUUCAAAAAUCAAUGGUGGAUACUGUGUUUCUUCUGAUCUACCGCAAAAUGCCGCGGCUGAAUUAGUAAAUGAAGUCGGUUCAUUUUUUGAAAGCGGAGUCACAAAUCAUGACAGUAAGGAUAGCUGUAUUUCAAGUUUAAAUACACAGUACGGUGACCUAAUUGCGUUAAAAGAUAAGAAGGUUUAUGACAGAAUUUUUACUAGUAAUAUAGAGAAAAUUGAUUCUUCAGAAACGCAUUUAAGUUGUAUUGGAUUGAAAGAAAUGUUUGCAAAUGAGAAUGGUGAUUUAAAUAAAGUUUGUUCAAAAACUGAAAAAGAAAAUAUAAAGCAAGCAUGUUGGGAAUGGUCAAUGGGCACACAGGUUAAGAUUAAAUCACUUUUAGAAGAGAGCAAAGGUGGGAAGUGGUCAGUGCAGGGAAAACAUCUUGAGCUGGUGAAGUGGUAUGCACCUCAUGUACUGCAUGUGGUUGCCGAUAUUCUAUGCAGACCUGAAAGUGUGUGAUUGAUUUUUAAAUUAAAUCCCUAUAUGAUGAAUACUACCAUUCUUAGAAUCACAAGUUCUAAAAAGUUACUUUUUUCUCUUUCUUGUACUUGUUGCUAUAAAUUUCAAUUAAAAUGAUUUUCACUGUUCGAAAUUGGAAAAAAAAGUAUUUCUUGGAUAAAUCUUAACGUUUGUAGUCCAAAUAUUUCUCUCUUGAUGUGUAAACAAACCUUUAAUUUGAAUAAAAACAAAGAACAU